AAUAACAUAUACACAUUAUUACCGUAUUUUAAUGUUUUCUAACAUAACUUUGUAACAACCCGCCCCCAUCUGUUAUUAUACCCAUCAUCUCUCUGUCUCUCAUAUAUAUACUAAGCUGCGAAUCUCAUCAUCAUCUCUCCAGAAGAACUCUGUUUAGCCUCUCUUUCCAAUCCAAUUCAAUCGGUUCAAGAACACAUACUAGUGUAGAAAAGAUGCCGGGUUUAGCACACAGGGAUGAACAUUACUCUUCUGGGUUUUGGUCCAAGGACGUUGAUGGAGUCAGCUACAAUCAACUUCACAAGUUCUGGAGUGAGCUGUCGCCGGAAGCUAGACAUGAGCUUCUCAGGAUUGAUAGGCAUGCUCUGUUUGAGCAAGCUCGUAAGAACAUGUGUUGUUCUAAAUGCAUUGGCCUGCUGCUUGAAGACUUCUCGCAGAUUGUUUCAAAUGGGAAGUCAUUGCAACAAAAAGGAGAUCUUCCAUGCAACAGAUCAGGAGCUUUAAAAGAUGGUAAUCACAAAUGUAUCGGUGAGUUGCAUGACCCCGCUGUUGAUCAGUGGGGAGGUCUCACCGCAACACGCGAUGGAUUACUCACAGUUCCUGACUGCUAUUUGUAUGCAAAAUCUUUCAAAGGGCUUCAGAAUCAGGUGUUUGAAAGUGCCAGAGCUCGAGAGAGGAAACGUGAGUUGCUCUAUCCUCAUGCUUGUGGAAGUCGUCAAGGGAUGGUUGGUUAUGGUAAAGGCCAUGGAACAACAAGAGACACAUGUGCUUUACAUACCACAAGUCUCUCUUGUGAUACAUUAGUAGCGUUUUGGUCUGCACUUGAAGAGGAAACUAGACUAUCACUGUCGAGGAUGAAAGAAGAGGAUUUCAUUGAAAGACUAACUAACAGAUUCAAAUGCAAGAAGUUUUGUAAAGACUGCAGAAGAAAUGUUAUUCGGGAGUUCAAAGAACUUAAGGAACUUAAACGAAUGCAGAGAGAACCACAAUGUACCGACUGGUUUUGUGUUGCUGACACAGCCAUUCACUAUGAGGUAGACAAUGAUUCUGUGCGAGCAGAUUGGAGUCAAUAUUUUAAAGAGAAUGAUGGAUAUCAGUACAUCGAGUGGGCUAUUGGAACUGAAGAAUGGGAAACCGAUAUCCUCAAGUACAAAUAUGUAGGCAAUGAUGGGAGCGCUCAAGUCAAUGGCCUAGACCUUCGUGGAUUACACCAAUGCUACAUUACUGUCAGGGCUUUUAAAGACAAUGGCCGCUGCUCCGAGGUAUCAGUCAAAGCUCAUGCAUUGAGAGGCCAGCAAUGCGUUCACUCCUGGCUUGUGGUUGGGGAUGGCUUUGUUUCGGUUAAAAGAGGGGAAUGCCUUAGAACGCUGUUUGAGCAUGCUGAAGAUGUGGAGGAACAAGAGGAUGAAGUGCUGGUUGAUAAAGAUGAGAAUGAGGUUGGUGGUGAGUGUUUGCGUCCACAAAAACAUGCAAAGACUCCAGAACUAGCUCGAGAGUUUCUUCUAGAUGCUGCAGCUGUUAUUUUUAAGGAGCAGGUUGAAAAGGCAUAUAGGGAAAGUACAGCCCGUCAAAAUGCACACAGUAUGUUUGUCAGCCUUUCAUCUAAGCUCUUAGAGCAACGUGUUCACAUUGCCUGCAAGGAGAUUGUCACCUUGGAGAACCAGAAAAGACUUCUCGAGGAAGAAGAGAAAGAAGAGGAGAAAAAAGAAAGGAAAAGAAGAAAAGAAAGGGAGAAAAAACUUCGGAGAAAGGAGAGGUUGAAGGAAAAAGAACGAGAAAAAGAGCAGAAGAAUCCAAAGUUUAGUAAUAAACCAGUUUUGCCAAGGGAAGAAGACGGGUUCCUGAAUCUUGAUGAGGAAAUGAACACUAGUGUAAGCUGCGAGGAGGAGUCAGCAACUGAAACUGGAGAUGUAGAUGAAGAUCUGUCUCCACCUGAUGAUGAUGAAGAUGGUUGGAAACGGGUGAUUUACAACAAAGGAAGGCAAGAAGUUAUAACCCACUAUUGUGUCAGAGAGGUUAUAAUAGAUGAUGAAGAUGGAAAGGGGUGCUUUACAACAAAGGAAGGCAAGAAGAUGGAGGAAGUUGGCAUAAGACAGAAGAAGAAUGAUGACAUGUACUUAAAAGAUCCUAUGAUGAGUAGAGCCUCAAGUUUAGAUAACUGCUCUUCAUGCCUUAGUGAAGGAGAUAACAAUGGAAACACUGAAUCCCACUCCAUGUCUGAUUCUGAAGAUGUCAGUCAGCACUCUGAAGGAAGAGAGAAUCUAGUGUUUUCUGAAAACUAUAUGCCUGUGGACCAAACUCAGACUCUGGAGCCAUUGGAAGCAGCAGAUGAAAGGAGAGACAUGGAAAGUCCAGGUCCCCAAACUGAUAGUGACGAAGGCUUCUUCUCCUUGUUCCACUUUGGUGGUCCGGUUGCUCUGUCUAGAGGAGGAAGUAAGUCAGGAGAUUAUGUCUUUGGUGAUCUCACGGGAAAUUGUAAGAAAAAGAGGAAAGAAAGCAUCGUAGGUGAAGAGUACAACUUGUUUGCAAAAAGUAACAGCUUGAGGUUUUCCAUCUUCUAAAAGGUUUUAUUUAUACAAUCUCUUGUGACUGUUUUGUGGUUCAUCAUUACUCGACAAAAUAUCUUUUGCUUGUUUUCUUUCAUGUAAAGAAAGAUCUCUCUGUAAGUGUGUUUUAGUAUUUUUCUUAUCAAAGGUUCUGAUUUACUUUAA